GCACCUCCCACUACUGUGGUGCCCACCCCAGAGGAGUCUGCAGCCCCAGCUGCUGCAGUGCCCACCCCAGGGGAGUUUGCAGCCCUAGCUGCUGCAGUGUCCACCCCGGAGGAGCCUGCCACCCCAGCUGCUGCAGUGCCCACCCCAGGGGAGCCUGCUGCCCCUACUGCUGCAGUGCCCACCCCAGGGGAGCCUGCUGCCCCGGCUGCUGCAGUGCCUGUUGUGGAGGAAGUAUUCCCUGCUGGCGUACCCUUCCAGGGAGAUACUGCCCAUACUGACUCAGUGCCUGUCUUAGAAGAAGGAAGUCCUGUUCUAGAGGAGGCUUCCCCUGCUGGAAUGUGGAUCAAGGAGGACCUUGAUUCCCCAGCAUUUGGAAUGAAAGAGGUGACUGGCACAGUGCUGCAUGGGAAAGUGCCUCUGGCUGCAGUUGAUGGAUUAAAUUCAAAUGAGAUGUUUCAGAAAGAACAGGUGGAUCCUCUUCAGAUGAAACUACAGCAGGUGAAUGGACUCGGCCAGGGUUUGAUCCAGAGUGCCGGAAAAAACUGUGAUGUGCAGGGUUUGGAACAUGACAUGGAAGAGAUCAACGCUCGGUGGAACACAUUGAAUAAAAAGGUUGCACAAAGAAUCGCACAACUCCAGGAGGCUUUGUUGCAUUGUGGGAAGUUCCAAGAUGCCUUGGAGCCGUUGCUCAGCUGGUUGGCAGACACUGAGGAGCUCAUAGCCAAUCAGAAACCCCCAUCUGCUGAGUAUAAAGUGGUGAAAGCACAGAUCCAAGAACAGAAGUUGCUCCAGCGGCUCCUAGAUGAUCGAAAGGCCACAGUAGACAUGCUUCAAGCAGAAGGAGGCAGAAUAGCCCAGGCAGCUGAGCGGGCUGAUAGAGAGAAGAUCACUGCGCAGUUGGAGAGUCUUGAAACUAGAUGGACAGGACUACUCAGCAAGGCAGCAGCCAGGCAAAAACAGCUGGAAGAUAUCCUGGUUCUGGCCAAACAAUUCCAUGAGACAGCUGAGCCUAUUUCUGACUUCUUAUCUGUCACAGAGAAAAAGCUCGCUAACUCAGAACCUGUUGGCACUCAGACUGCCAAAAUACAGCAGCAGAUUGUUCGGCACAAGGCUCUGGAGGAAGAAAUAGAAAGCCAUGCAACAGAUGUGCACCAGGCAGUCAAAAUUGGGCAGUCCCUCUCCUCCCUGACAUGUUCUGCAGAGCAGGGUGUACUGUCUGAAAAGCUAGACUCAUUGCAGGCCCGAUUCAGUGAGAUUCAAGACCGGUGCUGUCGGAAAGCAGCCCUGCUUGAACAAGCACUGUCUAACGCUAGGCUGUUCGGGGAGGAUGAGGUGGAGGUGCUCAACUGGCUGGCUGAGGUUGAGGACAAGCUCAGUUCAGUGUUCGUAAAGGAUUACAGACAGGAUGUCCUGCAGAAGCAGCAUGCUGACCACCUGGCUUUAAAUGAAGAAAUUGUUAAUAGAAAGAAGAAUGUAGAUCAAGCUAUUAAAAACGGCCAGGCUCUUCUAAAACAAACCACAGGUGAAGAGGUAUUGCUUAUCCAAGAGAAACUGGAUGGCAUAAAGACUCGCUAUGCAGACAUCACACUCACUAGCUCCAAGGCCCUCAGAACCUUAGAGCAAGCUCGGCAGCUGGCCGCCAAGUUCCAGUCCACGUAUGAGGAACUGACCUGGUGGCUGAGGGGAGUGGAGGAGGAGCUGGCAGCCAGUGGAGGACAGUCUCCCACAGGGGAGCAAAUACCCCAGUUUCAGCAAAGGCAGAAGGAGCUAAAGAAGGAGGUCAUGGAGCACAGGCUGGUGUUGGACACAGUGAAUGAGGUGAGCCGUGCUCUCUUAGAGCUGGUGCCCUGGAGAGCCAGAGAAGGGCUGGAUAAACUUGUGUCUGAUGCCAAUGAGCAGUACAAGCUGGUCAGUGACACUGUUGGACAAAGGGUGGAUGAAAUCGAUGCUGCUAUUCAGAGAUCACAACAGUAUGAGCAAGCUGCUGAUGCAGAACUAGCUUGGGUUGCUGAAACAAAACGGAAACUGAUGGCGCUGGGUCCAAUCCGCUUGGAACAGGACCAGACCACAGCUCAGCUGCAGGUACAGAAGGCUUUCUCCAUUGACAUCAUUCGACACAAAGAUUCCAUGGAUGAACUAUUCAGUCAUCGUGGUGAAAUCUUUGGCACAUGUGGGGAAGAGCAAAAAGCUAUAUUACAGGAAAAGACAGAGUCUCUAAUACAACAAUACGAAGCCAUUAGUCUGCUCAAUUCAGAGCGUUACGCCCGCCUAGAACGGGCACAGGUCUUGGUGAACCAGUUUUGGGAAACAUAUGAGGAGCUCAGCCCCUGGAUUGAGGAAACUCGGACACUAAUAGCACAGUUACCUCCUCCUGCUAUUGAUCAUGAGCAGCUCAGGCAGCAACAAGAGGAAAUGAGGCAACUAAGGGAAUCCAUUGCUGAACACAAACCUCAUAUCGAUAAGCUGCUAAAGAUAGGCCCUCAACUAAAGGAGUUAAACCCUGAAGAGGGGGAAAUGGUGCAAGAAAAAUACCAGAAAGCAGAAAAUACGUAUGCCCAAAUUAAAGAGGAGGUGCGCCAGCGGGCCCUGGCUCUGGACGAGGCUAUUUCCCAGUCAGCUCAGAUUACAGAGUUCCAUGAUAAAAUUGAGCCCAUGUUGGAGACUCUGGAGAAUCUUUCCUCUCGCCUGCGUAUGCCACCACUGAUCCCUGCUGAAGUAGACAAGAUCAGAGAGUGCAUCAGUGACAACAAAAGUGCCACCGUGGAGCUGGAGAAACUGCAGCCAUCCUUUGAGGCCCUGAAGCGCCGUGGAGAAGAGCUCAUUGGGCGAUCUCAGGGAGCUGACAAGGAUCUGGCUGCAAAAGAAAUCCAGGACAAAUUGGAUCAAAUGGUAUUCUUCUGGGAGGACAUCAAAGCUCGGGCUGAAGAGCGAGAAAUUAAAUUCCUUGAUGUCCUUGAACUAGCGGAGAAGUUCUGGUAUGACAUGGCAGCUCUCCUCACCACCAUCAAAGACACCCAGGACAUCGUCCAUGACUUGGAAAGCCCUGGCAUUGACCCAUCCAUUAUCAAACAACAGGUUGAAGCCGCCGAGACUAUUAAGGAAGAGACAGAUGGUCUGCAUGAGGAAUUGGAGUUUAUUCGAAUCCUUGGAGCAGAUUUGAUUUUUGCCUGUGGAGAAACUGAGAAGCCGGAAGUGAAGAAGAGCAUUGAUGAGAUGAAUAAUGCCUGGGAGAACUUAAACAAAACAUGGAGAGAGAGACUGGAAAAGCUUGAGGAUGCCAUGCAAGCCGCUGUGCAGUAUCAGGACACUCUUCAGGCUAUGUUUGACUGGCUAGAUAACACUGUGAUUAAACUCUGCACAAUGCCCCCUGUCGGCACUGACCUCAACACUGUUAAAGAUCAGUUAAAUGAAAUGAAGGAGUUCAAAGUGGAAGUUUACCAACAGCAAAUUGAGAUGGAGAAGCUCAAUCACCAGGGUGAACUGAUGUUAAAGAAAGCUACUGAUGAAACGGACAGAGACAUUAUACGAGAACCAAUGACGGAACUUAAACACCUCUGGGAGAACCUGGGUGAGAAAAUUGCUCACAGACAGCAUAAGCUAGAAGGUGCUCUCUUGGCCCUUGGCCAGUUCCAGCAUGCCUUAGAGGAGCUAAUGAGUUGGUUGACUCACACUGAAGAGUUGCUAGAUGCUCAGAGACCAAUAAGUGGAGACCCAAAAGUCAUUGAAGUUGAGCUCGCAAAGCACCAUGUUCUAAAAAAUGAUGUUCUGGCCCAUCAAGCCACAGUGGAAACAGUCAACAAAGCUGGCAAUGAGCUUCUUGAAUCUAGCGCUGGAGAUGAUGCCAGCAGCUUAAGGAGCCGUUUAGAAACCAUGAACCAGUGCUGGGAGUCAGUGUUACAAAAAACAGAGGAGAGGGAGCAGCAGCUUCAGUCGACGCUGCAGCAGGCCCAGGGUUUCCAUAGUGAAAUUGAAGAUUUCCUCUUGGAACUGACUAGAAUGGAGACCCAACUUUCUGCAUCGAAGCCCACAGGAGGACUUCCUGAAACGGCUAGGGAGCAGCUUGAUACACAUAUGGAACUCUAUUCCCAGCUGAAAGCCAAGGAAGAGACUUACAAUCAACUGCUUGACAAGGGCAGGCUCAUGCUUCUCAGCCGUGAUGAUUCUGGAUCUGGCUCGAAGACAGAACAGAGCGUAGCACUCUUGGAACAGAAGUGGCAUGUGGUCAGCAGUAAGAUGGAAGAAAGAAAGUCAAAGCUGGAAGAGGCCCUCAACCUGGCAACAGAAUUCCAGAAUUCCCUGCAAGAAUUUAUCAACUGGCUCACUCUAGCAGAGCAGAGUUUAAACAUCGCUUCUCCUCCCAGCCUGAUUCUAAACACCGUCCUUUCCCAGAUAGAGGAGCACAAGGUGUUUGCUAAUGAAGUAAAUGCUCAUCGAGACCAGAUCAUUGAGCUGGAUCAAACCGGGAAUCAGUUAAAGUUCCUUAGCCAGAAACAGGACGUUGUUCUGAUCAAAAAUUUGCUGGUUAGCGUCCAGUCUCGAUGGGAGAAGGUUGUCCAGCGAUCUAUUGAAAGAGGACGAUUGCUGGAUGAUGCCAGAAAGCGGGCAAAACAAUUCCACGAAGCUUGGAAAAAACUGAUUGACUGGCUAGAAGAUGCAGAGAGUCACCUGGACUCAGAACUGGAGAUAUCCAACGACCCAGACAAAAUUAAACUUCAGCUCUCAAAGCAUAAGGAGUUC